AUGGGGAUCCUUGACGAGGUCGGGGAGGUGGUGCGGCAGUGCCACCCCCAACCCGUCGUGGUUGCCGGGGACUUCAACGCCCACUCCACGGUGUGGGGUUGCGGUCCCCGGCAGGGGGAUCUCCAGAGGGGCAACGCCGUGAUCAGCUGGGCGGCGGCACUCGGCCUCCUGUUGAUGAACAGGGGGUCGACCAGCACCUGUGUGCGGCCGAACGGGGAGUCGGUCAUUGAUCUGACCUGGGCCUCCCCUUCGGCCGCCCGGAUCUUCCGGGAGUGGGCUGUGGUGACCGAGGGCGACAAUAUGUCUGAUCACAGAUACAUUGUCUGUGCCCUCGGUCCCCAAGCCCCUCCGCAGUCCCAUCGCCGUCGGCGCCGGGCCACCUAUUGGUGGACGGCGGCCAUUGCUGACUUGCGAGAGGCCGCCGCCCAGGCCAAGCGGGUGUACAACCGGGCCCGGCUGAAGGAGGGGGAGGCCGCGAAGGAGAAGGAGGGCUGUCGUCAAGCGCGAAACGCCCUCAAGGCCGCUAUAGCCGAGGCGAUGGCUCCGAGGCGGGAGUCUGGGAGCAAUUGGCAAUACGGGUUCAGGCCUGGACGAUCGACGCUGGACGCGAUCCAGCAGGUCCGGGACCUGGCCCGUGCCGUCAUGGAGGAGAGGGGCAGGGUGUUGUUGGCGGUAUCGUUGGAUAUCACCAAUGCCUUCAAUACCUUACCGUGGCCGGAGAUUGGAUAG